AUGAACUGUUGCUUGUCCACCGACGAGACGUCAAGAGGUUAUUUUAGGGUAUUUUAAGGCCAAAAAUAUGACUAAAUCGAAAUCCAAGAAUAAGAAAUCAGACAAAAACAAAGAAGCAUCAGCUGCUUCAAGUAUUGUGGAGAUCAAGCCUCCGAGCGUAGGUGAAUUGACGCCUGCAUCGCCAAGUCCAGUCAACGUAAUCACAAAAAACGUGCCUAAGUUAUGGUUCCAAAGCGAAAUACAAAGCAUGAUGUAUGCUUUUGGGGACAGCAGAAGACCUUCUCCAGAGUCUGCAGUGAUCAUAGAAGAGAUUGUACAUCAGCAAAUGUCUAGCUUGAUUGUCCAUGCAGCAGAGGUAACCAAUAUGAGAGGGGGGCGAUUCAUGAGUAUGGAGGACACUCUAUUCUUGAUGAGAAGAGACAAGGAYAAACUSAAACGUYUGAUCAAGUACUUAACAUUUAAAGACCUCAGAAACAAAAUGCAGAAACAAGUUUCAAUUGAUGAUGAYGAUGUUUUAGAUGCUGCAGCUUCAAAUGAACUCAAAGGCAGCAAAAGAAGAAAGAUUUCAUAUGACUUUCUGAGUACAAUAGACCACACAGGAGAUUUGAUAUCUCUAUUUGAUGAUGAUGAUUUUGACGAAGUCAAGCAAGAAAGAAAUGAGAGAGCAGAAAGACUUUCUAGAACACUUGAUCACCAGCAGUACAUGGAUUAUAUAGAAUGCCGCCAAGUUAACUUUAAUAAGAAGGCAGGGAAAUUCAAAGAAUGGAUUGAUUGUGGUUCUCUUAUUGAUAUGAAGCCAAAUGCUCCUGUAAUGGAGAUCUUCAGUUACCUUGCAUACGAGACAGUAGCACAGCUUGUGGACUUGGCUCUUCUUGUAAAGAAGGAUGCCGAAGGUGGUGACAUCUUGGCAACAUCAAUGCCUCCUGUAUCAAGCCUUCCUCAACCACAGGCAUUAUUAAACAGUACAUCUACUACACCRGGCACGGCAUCAUCCACACCUAACCAUACUCCACCUAGUACCCCUACUACACCCACCACAGGCUCUCUACCUUUCCUACCAAGUCCUACGCAUAGUAUAAGCUCAACUCAUAGUGUGUCUUCUACUUCAUCAAAAUCAAAAUCCAAGAAGCGCAAGUCAAAGAGUUCAUCUUCAGCUCUUCAAGAGAUCAGUUCUGACUGUAUCCAGCCCUGGCACAUCAGAGAGGCCCUGAGGAGGUACAGCUACUAUAUAGGACCACUGGCACCUUAUUCACCACAUAUGAAGUCAACACCUGCUUAUCGCACGUUGUGUUGUUAGAUAUACCUCAAAUAGGUCUGAAGUCAUCUAARCAUUGUAGAUUUCUGGUUCUCUCACACAGAGAUCCCACAGUUGUAUAUUGUAAUAUUUCAAGUAAUUAUUAUGUAUAAAUGCAUACAAAAAGAGAAUAAAUACAAAAAGGUUCGUUUAUUUA